GAGAAACCGUGUUGGGAGAGGAAUUGUAUCUCCAUAUUUCUUCUUUCAGCCCCAUCCAAGGGUUGUGGCUGGAACUUUCCAUCAGUUCUUUCUUUCUUUUUCCUCUCUAAGCCUUUGCCUUGCUCUGUCUGUCAGAGUGAAGUCAGCCAGAGCAGGGCUGUUAAACUCUGUGAAAUUUGUCAUAAGGGUGUCAGGUAUUUCUUACUGGCUUCCAAAGAAACAUAGAUAAAGAAAUCUUUCCUGUGGCUUCCCGUGGCAGGCUGCAUUUGGAAGGUCUCUCAGUUGAAGAAAGAGCUUGGAGGGCAACAACACAACGGGAGAGUAAAAGAUGCACCAGGGCUGAGGCCCCACUCAGGCAGCUGCAUCUGGAGUCAGACAUACUCACCUUGCCCGGUCCAUGCUCCAGCAAAGUCAAGCUGUUUUCUUUUGAAAGUUCAAACCCAUCAGGAUUAUGCUGCUCACUCUUAUCAUUCUGUUGCCAGUAGUUUUAAAAUUUAGUUGUGUUAGUCUCUCAGCACCGCAGCACUGGAGCUGUCCUGAAGGUACUCCUGCAGGACAUGGGAAUUCUACUCGUGUGGGUCCUGCACCCUUCUUAAUUUUCUCCCACGGAAAUAGUAUCUUUAGGAUUGACACGGAAGGAACCAAUUAUGAGCCAUUGGUGGUGGAUGCUGGUGUCUCAGUGAUCAUGGAUUUUCAUUAUAAAGAGAAAACAAUCUAUUGGGUGGAUUUAGAAAGACAACUUUUGCAAAGAGUUUUUCUGAAUGGGUCAAGGCAAGAGAGAGUAUGUAAUAUAGAGAAAAAUGUUUCUGGAAUGGCAAUAAAUUGGAUAAAUGAAGAAGUUAUUUGGUCAAAUCAACAGGAAGGAAUCAUUACAGUAACAGAUAUGAAAGGAAAUAAUUCCCACGUUCUUUUAAGUGCUUUAAAAUAUCCUGCAAAUAUAGCAGUUGAUCCAGUAGAAAGGUUUAUAUUUUGGUCUUCAGAGGUGGCUGGCAGCCUUUACAGAGCAGAUCUUGAUGGUGUGGAAGUGAAGUCUCUGUUAGAGACAUCAGAGAAAAUAACGGCUGUGUCAUUGGAUGUGCUUGAUAAGCGGCUGUUUUGGAUUCAGUACAGCAGAGAAGGAAGCAAUUCUCUUAUUUGCUCCUGUGAUUAUGAUGGAGGUUCUGUCCGUGUUAGUAAACAUCCAACACAGUACAAUUUGUUUGCAAUGUCCCUUUUUGGUGACCAUGUCUUCUAUUCAACAUGGAAAACGAGGACAAUUUGGAUAGCCAACAAACACACUGGAAAGGAUAUGGUUAGAAUUAACCUCCAUCCAUCAUUUGUACCACCCGGUGAACUGAAAGUAGUGCAUCCACUUGCACAGCCCAAGGCAGAAGAUGAUGCUCGGGAGCGUGCAUCUUCUCUUUUAGAGCAGAAACUUCACAAAUCGAGGAAAGGAAACUGCAGCAGCACUGUGUGUGGGCAAGACGCCCAGUCACACUUGUGCACGUGUGCAGAGGGAUACGCCUUAAGUCGAGACCGGAAGUAUUGUGAAGAUGUUAAUGAAUGUGCUUUUUGGAAUCAUGGCUGUACUCUUGGGUGUAAAAACACCCCUGGAUCCUAUCACUGCACAUGCCCUGUAGGAUUUGUUCUGCUUCCUGAUGGGAAACGAUGUCAUCAACUUGUUUCCUGUCCAAGCAAUGUGUCUGAAUGCAGCCAUAACUGUGUUCUGACGUCAGAAGGUCCCUUAUGUUUCUGUCCUGAAGGCUCAGUGCUUGAGAGAGAUGGGAAAACAUGUAGCGGACCACAACCAUUUUUGCUGUUUGCCAAUUCUCAAGAUAUUCGACACAUGCAUUUUGAUGGAACAGACUAUGGAACUCUGCUCAGCCAGCAGAUGGGAAUGGUUUAUGCCCUAGAUCAUGACCCUGUGGAAAAUAAGAUAUACUUUGCCCAUACAGCCCUGAAGUGGAUAGAGAGAGCUAAUAUGGAUGGUUCCCAGCGAGAAAGGCUUAUUGAGGAAGGAGUAGAUUUGCCAGAAGGUCUUGCUGUGGACUGGAUUGGCCGUAGAUUCUAUUGGACAGACAGAGGGAAAUCUCUGAUUGGAAGGAGUGAUUUAAAUGGAAAACAUCCCAAAAUAAUCAUUAAGGAGAAUAUCUCUCAACCACGAGGAAUUGCUGUUCAUCCAAUGGCCAAGAGAUUAUUCUGGACGGAUACAGGGAUUAAUCCACGAAUUGAAAGUUCUUCCCUCCAAGGCCUUGGCCGACUGGUUAUAGCCAGCUCUGAUCUAAUCUGGCCCAAUGGAAUAACGAUUGACUUCUUAACUGACAAGUUGUAUUGGUGCGAUGCCAAGCAGUCUGUGAUUGAAAUGGCCAAUCUGGAUGGUUCAAAACGCCGAACACUUACCCAGAACGAUGUAGGUCACCCAUUUGCUGUAGCCGUGUUUGAGGAUUAUGUGUGGUUCUCAGAUUGGGCUAUGCCAUCAGUAAUAAGAGUAAACAAGAAGACUGGCAAAGAUAGAGUACGUCUCCAAGGCAGCAUGCUGAAGCCCUCCUCACUGGUUGUGGUUCAUCCAUUGGCAAAACCAGGAGCAGAUCCCUGCUUAUAUCAAAACGGAGGCUGUGAACAUAUUUGCAAAGAGAGGCUUGGAACUGCUUGGUGUUUGUGUCGUGAAGGUUUUAUGAAAGCCUCAGAUGGGAAAAUGUGUCUGGCUCUGGAUGGUCAUCAUCUGUUGGCAGGUGGUGAAGUUGAUCUAAAGAACCAGGUAACACCAUUGGACACCUUAUCGAAGACUAGAGUGUCAGAAGAUAACAUUACAGAAUCUCAACACAUGCUAGUGGCUGAAAUCACGGUGUCAGAUCAAUAUGACUGUGCUCCUGUGGGAUGCAGCACGUAUGCUCGGUGUGUUUCAGAGGGAGAGGAUGUCACGUGUCAGUGUUUGAAAGGAUUUGCUGGGGAUGGAAAACUAUGUUCUGAUAUAGAUGAAUGUGAGAUGGGUGUCCCAGUGUGCCCCCCUGCCUCCUCCAAGUGCAUCAACACCGAAGGCGGCUAUGUCUGCCAGUGCUCAGAAGGCUACCGAGGAGAUGGGAUUCACUGUCUUGAUAUUGAUGAGUGCCAACUGGGGGUGCACAGCUGUGGAGAGAAUGCCAACUGCACAAAUACAGAGGGAGGCUACACCUGCACGUGUGCUGGGCGCCUGUCUGAACCAGGACUGAUUUGCCCUGACUCUACUCCACCCCCUCACCUCAGGGAAGAUGGCCACCACUAUUCCGUAAGAAAUAGUGACUCUGGAUGUCCCCUGUCCCACGAUGGAUACUGCCUCCAUGAUGGUGUGUGCAUGUAUAUUGAAGCAUUGGACAAGUAUGCAUGCAACUGUGUUGUUGGCUACAUCGGGGAGCGAUGUCAGCACCGAGAUCUGAAGUGGUGGGAACUGCGUCAUGCUGGCCACGGGCAGCAGCAGAAGGUCACCGUGGUGGCUGUCUGUGUGGUGGUGCUUGUCGUGCUGCUCCUCCUGAGCCUGUGGGGUGCCCACUACUACAGGACUCAGAAGCUGCUAACGAAAAAUCCAAAGAAUCCUUCUGAGGAGUCAAGCAGAGACGCGAGGAGUCGUAGGCCUGCUGACAGUGAGGAUGGGAUGUCCUCUUGCCCUCAACCUUGGUUUGUGGUUACAAAGGAACACCAAGACCUCAGGAAUGGGAGUCAACCAGUGGCUGGUGAGGAUGGCCAGGCAGCAGAUGUUGGGUCAGUGCAACCAACUUCAUGGAGGCAGAAGCCCCAGUUAUGUGGAGUGGGCCCAGAGCAAGGCUGCUGGAUUCCAGUAUCCAGUGAUAAGGGCUCCUGUCCUCAGGUAAUGGAGCGAAGCUUUCAUAUGCCCUCCUAUGGGACACGGCCCGCCGAUGGGGGUGUCCAGAAGCCCCAUUCUCUCCUAUCAGUUAACUCAUUAUGGCAACAAAGGGCCCUGGACCCACCACACCAAAUGGAGCUGACUCAGUGAAAACUGGAAUUAAAAGGAAAGUCUAGAAGAAUGAACUGUGUUGAUGCACAGUAUCUUUUCUUUCAAAAGUAGAGGAAAACUAUAGGUUUUGGUUCCACAAUCUCUAUGACUAAUCACCUACUCAACGCCUGGAGACAGAUAUGUAGUUGUGCUUUUGUUUGUUCUUUUAAGCAGUCUCAUUGCAGUCUUAUUUUCAAGUAAGAGUGCUGAGAGAGUCACUAGGUAAUUUAUUAGAAACCCAAAUCAGGACAACAGUGCUUUGUAAAUUGUGUUGUCUUCAGCAGUCAAUACAAAUAGAUUUUUGUUUUUGUUGUUCCUGCAGCCCCAGAAGAAAUUAGGGGUUAAAGCGGACAAUCACACUAGUUUGGUCAGUUACAAAGUAAUUUCUUUGAUCUGGACAUAACAUUUAUAUCAAUUUCAUGAAACGAUUGACUAUUAUAAUACUGUUAAGAUACAGUGUAGGCCAUUUAACUCCACAUUGGCGUGGUCCAUGCUGAUAAUUUUGCAAAAUGAAUUGUGAUGAAUCAAUGAAAAAUGUAAUUUAGAAACUGAUUUCUUCAGAAUUAGAUGGCCUAUUUUUUUUUGAAAAAUCUUUGAAUGAAAACAUUUUAUUUUAAAGAUAUUUACACAGGAGGCUUCAGGGUUUCUCAGUCAUUACUGUCCUUUUCCCCUACAGAAUUUUCCCUCUUGGUGUGAUUGCACAGAAUUUGUAUGUAUUUUCAGUUACAAGAUUGUAAGUAAAUUGCCCGAUUUACUUUCAUUAUAGAUGAUGUAUUUCUUCUAAUUAUUUAAAUAAAAUCACCAAAAA